CAUCUUCUAUGGCCACUUCAAUAUCUUACUUGGCUAGUAGACCUGCCCUUGUUUUUGUUGUUGCGUUAUUGGAAUAUUAUCUCAUCUCCCUCAAUUACCUGGUAAUCAGUGCUAACAGCGCUCCUAAUUAUAAUUACUGCAGACCCAUUGAAGCCAACGACACUGACCUGAUUCAGUUUGCGUUGAACUUGGAAUUCUUGGAGGCUGAGUUUUUUCUGUAUGGUGCUCUUGGCGAAGGGCUCGAUGCUAUCAGUCCAAAUUUGGCUCUAGGUGGGCCCCCUCCCAUUGGUGGUCACAAGGCCAAUCUCAACCCUCUUGUUGCCCCUAUCAUCCAAGAAUUUGGAUAUCAAGAAGUUGGUCAUCUCAGAGCAAUUAUUACAACAAUAGGAGGAUUUCCAAGGCCUCUGUUAAACCUGAGCCGUGAGAAUUUCGCAGCACUGUUUGACCAAGCAGCGGGGUUCCCGUUGACCCCUCCAUUUGACCCAUAUGCAAACUCGGUCAAUUAUCUGCUCGCAUCCUAUGCCAUCCCUUACGUGGGACUGGUAGGUUAUGUUGGCACCAUUCCAAACCUCACUGAGCCAACUAACCGUAGAUUGGUGGCAUCACUUUUGGGGGUGGAGGCCGGACAAGAUGCAGUGAUACGUGCCUUGCUGUAUAAGAUGGCUCAUUGGAAGGUGUUUCCGUACAGACUCACAGUGGCUGAUUUCACCAACCUAAUUUCUGGGCUUAGGAACAAGCUUGGCGGGUGUGGCAUCAAAGAUGAAGGCAUCAUAGUGCCCGAGACGCUCGGGGCUGAGAAUCGGACUUGUAGCAACGUCUUGUCGGCCGACCUGGAUUCGCUGUCGUAUGCGAGAACACAACCUGAGAUCCUGAGGAUUGUGUAUGCAACUGGCGAUGAGUCUGUGCCAGGAGGAUUUUAUCCUCGAGGUGCAAAUGGCAACAUUGCAAGGCGCUUCCUUAAUGAGUAUUAGUAUCUCUUAAUGAUUUAUAAGACCACCCAAUCAGUGCUUGUCUCUAAGCUAGCUAGCACAUAAAUCAUUAACUAAGACCAAUACGUAUCGUUAUAAUCAUGUUGUUUGUGUUUAUGAAUUUCAAUCAAUGAGUGUAAUAAUGAAUUACGAAUUGUUAUUGUAUGAAUUGUUUGUACGUGACU